AUGCCGGAGGCCCAGCAGAGGGUUGGGGGCUGCUUCCUUAGCCUGAUGCCACAGAUGAAGACCCUGUACCUGGCGUACUGUGCCAACCACCCGUCUGCGGUCAGCGUCCUCACGGAACACAGUGAGGAGCUGGGAGAGUUCAUGGAGCUGAAGGGCGCCAGCAGCCCAGGGAUUCUCGUGCUGACCACCGGCCUCAGCAAGCCGUUCAUGCGCCUGGACAAGUACCCCGCGCUGCUCAAGGAGCUGGAGAGGCACAUGGAGGAUUAUCACCCAGACAGACAAGAUAUUCAGAAAUCCAUGACCGCCUUCAAAAACCUUUCAGCGCAGUGUCAGGAGGUGCGGAAGAGGAAGGAGCUGGAGCUGCAGAUCCUGACGGAGGCCAUCCGCAACUGGGAGGGUGACGACAUCAAGACCCUGGGCAGCGUCGUCUACAUGUCCCAGGUCCUGAUCCAGUGUGCCGGCAACGAGGAAAAGAAUGAGAGAUAUCUUCUACUCUUUCCAAAUAUUUUGCUGAUGUUGUCUGCCAGUCCUAGGAUGAGUGGUUUUAUAUAUCAGGGAAAGCUACCAACGACAGGAAUGACAAUCACAAAGCUUGAGGACAGUGAAAAUCAUAGAAACGCGUUUGAAAUAUCAGGGAGCAUGAUCGAGCGGAUCUUGGUGUCCUGCAACAACCAGCAGGACCUCCAAGAGUGGGUGGACCACCUGCAGAAGCAGACGAAGGUCACGUCGGCGGGGAACCCCACCGUCAAGCCCCACUCUGUGCCGUCCCACACCCUCCCUUCCCACUCCAUCACCCCGUCCAGCAAGCACGCGGACAGCAAGCCCGUGCCGCUGACGCCCGCCUACCAUACGCUGCCCCACCCCUCCCACCACGGCACUCCACACACCACCAUCAACUGGGGGCCUUUGGAGCCUCCGAAGACCCCCAAGCCCUGGAGCCUGAGCUGCCGGCGACCCGCACCGCCUCUGCGGCCCUCAGCUGCCCUCUGCUACAAGGAGGACCUGAGCAAGAGUCCCAAGACCAUGAAGAAGCUGCUCCCCAAGCGCAAGCCAGAGCGGAAGCCCUCAGACGAGGAGUUCGCACUGAGAAAAAGCACGGCUGCGCUGGAGGAGGAUGCCCAGAUCCUGAAGGUCAUUGAGGCUUACUGCACCAGCGCCAAGACGCGGCAGACACUCAACUCAAGUUCACGCAAAGAAUCUGCUCCGCAAGUUUUACUUCCAGAAGAAGAGAAAAUUAUAGUUGAAGAGACUAAAAGUAACGGUCAGACAGUGAUAGAAGAAAAGAGUCUCGUCGACACCGUGUACGCGCUAAAAGAUGAAGUCCAGGAGUUACGACAGGACAACAAGAAGAUGAAGAAGUCUCUGGAGGAGGAGCAGAGAGCCCGCAAAGACCUGGAGAAGCUGGUGAGGAAGGUGCUCAAGAACAUGAAUGACCCUGCUUGGGAAGAGACAAACCUCUGA